GAGCUUCGGAGGAGCUCAGAGUCACGUUGCGCAGAAUGUCAUCGCUGGAGGUGGCGGGCAGGAAGAGCGAGGCCGACGCUUCUUGUCAGGUGUUUCCUAUCCCCUUCCGAAAUGAUUGAUAAGAUGGGACUGGGCAACGGAAGUUGCUCAGUACUGGCAAGAUGAUUGCUUCUUUUCUGAAUUCUUCACAUUGAUGAGUCCUCUCCAGUUAUUGAGCAGCUUGCUUUGAAAUGUCUAUGGCCUGCAGCGAGCAGCCUGGUGGGACCAUGUGCUGAUUCCCCAGUACUCGCCCCCCUUGCAUGUAAACAGCCAGCAAGAGGACACGGUGUGUGUGUUUGUGUGUCAGAUGAUUGAAAGCUGCCACUUGCAAGGCUUGGGACAGAAAGAGGAGGGAGGACCUGCUGUCACCUGCAGCCUAAGCCAGCAUUCCGCUCAGGAUGCAGAUAUACACACCCAUAAAGGAGAUGCCAGCAACAACGAAGGCAGUGGACAUGAAUCCAGUAGUACUAAGUCAAGCUGUGCCACCAACCACAAGAAGAGAGAUCAGUCACACAAGCAGAUGCUGGAAACUGUCCAGGAGAUGAAGAAGAGGAUUCCCCCAGAUAAGAAAAGUCGCAGCAAAACCAGUACUCUUGAGGCUCUCCACUAUGCUCUGCGCUGUGUCAAGCAAGUUCAAGCCAACAGCAAACAUUAUGAGCAGCUGAUAAGUGAGAAGCUACCGGCCCAAGUGGUGGCUUCCCUUCACACCAUUGAGGAUUUGGAGACCAUCGCUUCAGAGCACACUCUUGAGAACACAGAUACAUUUGUGGUGGUCACCUCCCUGACGACGGGCAAAGUCGUCUAUAUCUCUGAGCAGGCUACUUCCCUGCUUGGCUGCAAGUUAAAGUUCCUGCAGUCAGCCAGAUUUUUGGAGCUGCUCUUUCUUCAUGAUGUGAACGUUUUUUACUCGUACACCUCUCAGCUUGAUCUGCCCACAUGGAGCAGUGGAUCUGACAAUGCCACUGCACUAUUUCAGAGCUCCAAGGUAAAGUCAUUCUUCUGCAGAAUCAGGGCUGGCAGGGAUUGGGAUGGUGACAUCCGCUACAGCCCCUUCAGGAUGAUUCCUUAUCUGCUAAAGAUCUCCCUGCCAGAUGAACCUGAGGGACAUCUUUGCUGCCUCUUGCUAGCUGAGAAGAUACUCUCUGGUUAUGAAGCUCCAAGAAUUCCUACUGACAAGAGGAUUUUCACUACCACACAUUCACCGAGCUGCAUGUUUCAAGAAGUUGAUGAAAGAGCUGUUCCACUGUUGGGGUACCUUCCUCAGGAUCUAAUUGGAACCUCCAUUCUCUCCUACUUGCAUCCCGACGACAGACCACUAAUGUUAUCUGUUCAUCGCAAGGUUUUGCAGUUUGCUGGACAGCCUCCCUUUGACCACUCGCCAAUCAGGUUCCGUACCCAGAAUGGGGACUUCAUUUCCCUGGACACGAGCUGGUCGAGUUUUGUAAAUCCCUGGAGCCGCAAGGUGGCCUUCAUCAUUGGACGACACAAAGUCAGAGCUGGACCUCUGAAUGAGGACGUUUUCGCCAGUCUGGGCAAAGAGCAUGUUCCCAGAGCUGAUGGAGAUCUCUGGGAGCUUCAGAGCCAGAUCCACAAACUUUUGAUGCAACCAGUACACAACAAUGGUUCAAGUGGCUAUGGCAGCUUGGGCAGUAAUGGGUCCCAUGAACAUUAUGUGACUUCGUCAAGUGACAGUAAUGGCAACCCUUGGGACGAGACAUCUCGAGAGCAGACCUCCAGGAAGAAGAAAUUAAUGUCUUCUCGAGACCUACAUUUGUGUGCCGACUCUGCAAAUAUAAAUCGGGGUUCUGACAACCCUAACACCAGGGUAUAUGCAACUGACGUCUUUGGAAAUGGCCAGGACAGAGAUCUUUUACCCUCAUCUCAGGAAGUUCCAAUGAAGCAGCAGCAGCAGAAGCACGUACCAUCCUACCAGCAGAUAAACUGUGUGGACAGCAUCAUUAGGUAUCUAGAGAGCUGCAGUCUUCCCACUCUGAAGAGGAAGUGCGAGUCUUCAUCUUUAGCAACAUCCUCUUCCUCUGAAGAGGACAAUCCUGCAGAAGUGAGACAACAGGAGGUGCAGAGCUCAGAAAGUGUGGUACUGCUGCCAUCUGUAGUGCCAGAUAGCCAGGUUUCAGUGGGCUCUGAAAGGACAACUGAUGCUCAGACAACGGCUGCAGUGGUGGGAGCCCCGCUAACUGACCUCACUGUAUCCACCAAGGCAAUGAGCAUGGUGUCUGUCACUAGCCAAUGCAGUUUCAGCAGUACUAUUGUCCAUGUUCCACAGCCCGAGUCUGAAGCAGCAGCCCUGGAAGAUGCUGCUGUGAGCAACGAGCAGCUUGACAUGACCGCCAAGCCAUCCCAUGCUAUCCCGAUUUUGACCUCGCCACCUGAAGAAUUCCGUAAGGUGGGCUUGACUAAGGAAGUUCUUUCAGCCCAUACUCAGAAAGAAGAACAGGACUAUGUGGACCGUUUUCAACAUCGCAUUAUGUUGAGCCCGUAUAGCUCAUAUUUGCAACAUGGAGAUAGCAGCAGGGCAUGUUCACAACACCCGGGUGACUACUCUUCACUUCCUACCAGCACUUUUGGAUGGUGGAAGGGCAAAGCCAACAAGUUGAAACAAAAGUGUCCCAAAGAUCAGGUGUCCUCUGAUAGCAUUCACCCUUUGCCCAGUGGCACUCACCAUUGCACCUCUACAACUCCUGCUCUCCACCAUUCUUGGCUGUCCUCCCAUUCUUCCCAUACCAGUUCCUCAGUCAUGGGUUUUUCUCCUCCCUUAGUUCAGCCCAUCCAUGCCACCUGUUCCAUGCAGCCACAAGUUGUACCCACUCCUGUUGGCCCUGGAAUGCCCUCGGUUAACCUGACUAUCCCAACCUCCAGUGCUCCAACAGGGGGAGUUCCUUGCAAUCUGCCGACAUAUUCUGUUCCCUGUGCCACUCCAGUAAUGGCAAUGAUUUACCCUUACUAUACAGUAUAUCCUCCGGCAGUUAAUGCAGCUGCACCCUUACCCACCCCACCCUUCUACCCUACUGUGCCCAUGUCUCAGCCAGUAUUGUUUUCUCCUUCAUUUCAAGGCACCUUGCCCUCCUGCCCCAUUGUUCAGGCACAGCCAACCACCAAGGCUGUGCCUCAGUGUCAUUCCCCUUCACAUCUCUCUGCUCCUGGCUCCCCUGUUACCUGCCCUGUACCUUCUGAGGCGCCCCCACCAUUGUUCUCAAAUUCACGAUGUAGCUCACCACUACAGCUCAACCUUCUCCAAGAGGAGCUUCCAAAGCCAGUUGAGCAGUCACCUGAGGAAACUAAAUCUGGUGAAGCUGGGAUUGCAUCUGACAACCAUGACAAUUUGUCUUCAUCUAGUGAGUUACUUGACCUGCUGCUUCAUGAGGAUGCCCAAUCGGGGACGGGAUCUAAUGCAUCAGGCAGUAGGUCAGGGGACUCUUUGGGAUCGGGCUCCAAUGGCACUUCUGCCAGCCACACAGGAAGCAAUCACACCAUAAACACCAGCAAAGACUCCUCAGUAACCUCACACAAAGGCCAGAAACGUUUGGAAUCCAAGGAGGUGAAAGAGUUUGCUGUCUGCAGUAGGAGCACCGUGUGGAAGGUGUCUGAAGAAGCACUUAUGACCUAUCAGAUCCCAACCCGGGACAAAGCUCAGGUGUUGAAAGAAGACUUGGACAAGUUGUUAACCUUGCAGCCUUCACAGCCAUGGUUCAGCGAGGCCCAGAAAGAGGAGCUUGCAGAAGUGCAUCCCUGGAUUCGCAGCCACGCCGUGCCACAGCAGAUAAACACCCAGGGCUGUGUGAACUGUGGCACGAGUACAGAGGGGAGUUCUUGUCCUGAUCAGCAGAACAGUCUGAGCGGGGACAUGGGGGAGUCUGAGGACAGAUCUCUGGGUUCUGGGAAAACGGCCGUUAUUUAAGGGGGGCUUUUUUAUUAUUGGGUUUUACAAAAAGUAAUGGGGUUUGUUUUUUUUAUAUUAGACCUCUGUGACUGUGGCACCUGUUUUCUAAGGAAAGCAUUUAUUUGUUAGACUUUUAAUUUAUCAGAUUGUGUACGAGUGUGUCUUCUCACUUCCUGUAUGUGUAUAUGGUCAUGUGCAUCUGUGGAGAUGUUGUGCUUGUCGUAGGACUUCACAUGCACAAGUAGUACCCCUCAAUCGGACCGACCGACCACCCAGACUCUUUGCCAUUCGGAAGGCUGGCCUUGGGUUCUGGCAGCUCUGCAAAGAAAGUAUGAGGAUAAUAUGGGGCAGCCUCCUCGAGGGUCUGCAUGGAGCUUCAGCAUCACUGAAGCAGUACGGUGAUUUGGGGGGAUUUUGUUUUUUUUUUUUUCCUGUUUCAUGUGUAGUUUUCUGUUUUAGCCUGUAAAUGCUACCUACUCUUGUCUAUCCUGAAUUCUGCUUAUUCUUUAUUCAAAAUGCUGUUUUACUUUUUUAAAUUCUAAAAUCCAUUGAGGCUACCAAAAAAAAAA